GGAAGACAUGUGGCGUUACCUUCAAAAUAAAAGCGGGGGAAAAAUCCCAUGAAAUGCUGUUUCGAGCAGUUAGACAGUGGUGUGGAGGGACGCGGCAGAUCCUCUGGGAUGUGGGUUUAAAGUAGUUCUGCUGAAGGAAUGGCUGCUCUAAUGAAUAUAAACUCUGCAUUAGAAGAUGCUUCAUGUUGAUCUGAACGGUCCUGCUUUUGACUGAAUUCUUUGACUUUCCAAUUCGUAAUGUUAAUAACAGCCACUAAUUAAUAAUAAUAAUAAUAACAAUAAUAAUGAUAAAGGUGAUCUUACAGAGCAAAUUAAAAACAACAAAUGAUGAAUCAAAUCAAAUAAAGAACUUUUGGGCAACAAAAGAACAAAAUUAAUGUAGAAUUCAAGUAAAACCGAGUUGGAACGAAUCUGAAAACCAGGAGAAGCAGUUUCAGAGGAGCAGGGACCAGAGGGGACCAGCAGGGACCAGCAGGGUCUUUACAGUCAGACCUGGACGUUUCCAGUCGUGGUCCCUGCUGGUUUCAAUCUGGACUCAACAUAGGCCUACAGGUCUCUCUGGUACUGGGGUCUGAAAGUUAGCAGGCAGAGAAGAGCCUUUAGAAUCAUAAGGGGGACCGCGGGCACUGCAGACCCGUCCUUCCACACCCUCCGCAGAAACCUGACGACUCUUAUUUUGAAGGGCUCAAACGGAAGUGGUGUAGCUGACCGUUUUUGGCGUGACGGCGGCGUGGCUUCCGGAGGAGACUGAGAGCAUCAGAGACCUGCAGCAUCUGGACCAGAACAGACCGGAGACCUGCGGGAGAGACAGACAGGUGGACACACAGGUGUCUCUCUCUCAGCAUCCCUCUCUGUGUCUCUCCUCCAGGCCGGUGCGGUGUUCCUGGCCGUGCCGGGCCGUGCCGGGCUCCAUGGGGGACAGCAUGGCGGAGGAGACCCGGGUCAUCUACCACCUGGAGGACCAGGAGACCCCCUACUUGAUCCGGAUCAACGUGCCCGCGCAGCGCGUCACCCUGGCGGACUUCAAACAGGUCCUGAACAAACCAAACGUCAAAUUCUUCUUCAAGUCGGUGGACGACGACUUCGGGGUGGUCAAAGAGGAGAUCAGUGACGAUGACGCCAGGUUGCCUUUUGUGAACGGACGAGUCGUCUGCUGGCUGGUGUCUUCAGAAACCUGUCAGUCAGAUUUCAGGGGAUCAGACAUUCAGUCUGUAGCCACGCCCACAAGCUUGGCCCCGCCCCCCGUAGAGAGGACAGGUGGGAUCGGAGACUCCAGACCUCCGUCCUUCCAUGCUGCUGCUGUGAGCGGUCAGGACGAACUGCAGGGGUCAGAGGUCAAACCUGUCGCUUCACCACCACAGAGAAGAGAGAGAACGGGAGACCGAGGUGGGAGUCUGAAUGGCCACACCCACCAACCCGCUGAGCAGAAUGGGGCGGGGCCAACAGGUGGCGGUGACAGCUCGUCAACCCAACAGAGCAGCCAAUUGGAGACGACCAGUUUCUGCUCCUCUGAGGAAGACUCAGGAGGAAGGUUCAGCCAAUCAACAGGGCAGAGCAGCUCCUCGCCUCGACUCUUCAGGCGACAACGCCGCCGCCACCGAAAACCGAAAACACAGCGGAUGGAGAGGUCUGUGUCUUUCAGCAGUGUCACUGACUCCACCAUGUCGCUCAACGUCAUCACUGUAACUCUGAACAUGGAGAGGUAUAACUUCCUGGGUAUCAGUAUCGUUGGUCAGAGCAACGACAGAGGAGAUGGAGGGAUUUAUAUCGGCUCCAUCAUGAAGGGAGGAGCGGUGGCAGCAGACGGACGCAUCGAGCCCGGAGACAUGUUGCUGCAGGUGAACGACAUCAACUUUGAGAACAUGACUAACGACGACGCUGUCCGAGUCCUGAGAGAGAUCGUUCACAAACCAGGUCCGGUGACGUUAACGGUGGCAAAGUGUUGGGAUCCAAACCCACGAGGCUGCUUCACACUGCCGCGGAGCGAGCCGGUCCGUCCCAUCGACCCCGCUGCCUGGGUGUCACACACCGCCGCCAUGACAGGGAGGCUCCUCCCACACUACAGCGUGCAUGAAGACAACCAUCUCAACAUCCACAGCGACAUCACAGCUGUUGUCAAGGCGAUGGCCAAUCCCGAGUCAGGCCUGGAGGUUCGGGACCGGAUGUGGCUGAAGAUCACCAUCCCCAACGCCUUCAUCGGUUCGGACGUGGUUGACUGGCUCCACCGGAACCUGGAAGGUUUCACAGACCGCCGCGAAGCUCGCAAGUAUGCAGGAAACCUGCUGAAGGCCGGUUACAUCAGACACACCGUCAGCAAGGUGACCUUCUCCGAACAGUGCUACUACGUGUUCGGAGACCUAUGCGGAGAUCUGGGUGUGAUGUCUCUGCUGGAUCACGAAGAAGCCUCCAGUCGAGGAGGGUCAGAUUGUGACCCGCUGGCUCCGGGUUCGGGCCCCCAGUGGCCCCCAGCCUUCCCCUACCAGUACCCUGUCCCUCACCCCUACAGCUCGCCUCACCCCCUCCACCAGCUGCCGGCCUGGGGAGGAGGAGGAGGAGGAGGAGGAGGAGGAGGAAGUCAGCACAGUGAAGGAAAUCAGAGCAGCGGAUCGAACUGCAGCGACGGGCCGAAGGAGGGAGGAGGAGGAGGGAGCGAAUCAGACCCGACCAAACGGGAAGCGAGUGCUUCGCCUGACAAAAAGCUGCCAGCGCAGUCCCCCACCUCCUUCUCUGGUCUCCAUGGUAACAAAGACUCGAAGGACCUCCCACCGGCCCCUUCGCCAUCUCGUGGUCAGCGUCGCGACAUUUCGGCUUCCCGACAGUCCUUCUGCCUGGCCAUGGGAAACCCCAGUGAUUUCUUUGUGGAUGUCAUGUGACUCUGUGAUGUCAUGUCCUGUCAGGUGAUGGACCUGGAAACACACUUCCUGGUUUAAAUGUCACAUUUCUGCUAUUAAAAACAAGACAUUUGUACACAAUCUGCUGAUGGUGAUUUAAGAAUCAUGUUUAAGUUUUUAACAAAAAUCCACUGACUGAGGAAAACUUAGGUUUGAUUUAACUCAUUCAGGGAGGUUUUAUUUUCAUGUCAGAAGAGAUUUAAACCACAUCGGAGGUGGAUUUAUUCAUCUACAUCCACUGUUUGGUAUGUGUCUGGCACAGAAGUAACAAAGCACCGCUUCCAUUGCUAACAUCCCCCAGCAGAAACUAUAGAGUCCUCCCCAGGACUACAUCCAGAGACUCCAAGGCCAGAUACUCAGCCACAGCCUUCCUCUCAGUCUCACCACAGUGGCGCUCACCCGGACUCUCCUGGGUUUCCCCACCGGAGACAGUCCAGCCCCCAUCCAAGAGUUUGGCUCACGAGCAGUGCAGUGUGCAGAGUACAUUUAGCCGGUAUGGCUCCUACUCCGGCACCAACUGCGGCCCCUUUCCUAGGGGGUCCCUUCCCCGGUGAGCUGGCGUUCCACAUCCCUAGAACUAGUCUCCGCUCCGUCUCUACUCCCGCCCUUGCGGGUGGUGGGCCCACGUGGUACCAGAACACCUUAGGUCAAAGAUCUAUGAUCAGCGUCGUGGUUGUCUUGGACACUUAGGUGAAGAGAGGAGCAGAGCUGGGAACUGAUCAGCAUCUGGUCUGGCGUUGGAUCCCCUGCACCUCAGGGGACGUUGGGGACAUGGAGUCCGAGCGGUCCGUGUUCACAGCCUCCACGCUGGAGUGGGGAAGGAGUAUGUUAACCCCGGAUCUCCUGGAGCAGCUCAGAAAGUAUCAGCAGGCCAAAAGCGGUGCAGCUUCCAUUGUUGUGGAAGCAAAAACUGGUUUUGGGAGGCCGUGGACAGACUGUAAAUAAAAUAUAACAAGGGGAGGCAGGCCUCUGCUCUGAACGCUGAUCAGUCAUUCUAGAGACUGUUGGCAGCAAAACUACAGCUGAUGACAGUGAAACCUGUCACGCUCCUGUGCAGCAAACAUCAAAACACUGUUGAGCAGAAUAUCAGAGCAAGUUGCCUUCUGUUACUGAACAGUUUCUGACCUAUUGUUCUCCGUACCUUGCCAACCACCUUAACCUGUGCUCAGGGGCCCUCCCACCUGAGCCAGGUAAACCACUGGCCACACCUCCACUGCGCUCCUCCCUCCUCACCUGUCCGUAACAGACUAACAGACUGAGGUACAGACAAACAGUAUUUAUUGAACAGAAUAUUGUCUGAUGAGUGAAUAUGAUUAAACGUAAAAUAAAACCGACGCAGCCCCAGAUUUCCCUUUUUAUACACUUUCAAAUAUAAAAUACCGUUUAUACUCGGGCGUGGCUGAAUACUUGAUGGUUAUUUACUGACGUGCGUCCACGUUGCCGCGUACGCAGCCGAGCAACGUUAUAAAAGCCGCCUGGCUCGGCCUGACGACGCAGUAGCCCCAAAGAGCGGAAAGGGGGAACGGAGCGUGUGCGCUAACUAUCGGGGCGUCGCACCGCUCAGAUUCAGGAGGAGCAACGUGGAGUCCAACCAGCUUUUUACGGUGCAAGGAUACUGGAGGGGCCCUGGGAGUUUGAUGGUGUAUGAUGGUGUUCUUCAGUCUGGUGGGGUGUUCAGGCCGCCGCUACAAUCCAUCCGGUCCCGGUAAACCUGAGCAAGUCUCUCCGUGUUGGCAGUGGGUGUUGGGUCAGCAGGUCUGCGGUGAUUCUGAUCAGUCCCUAUAAAAGCUGCCACCUCAGUCCUCUCGGAGAGACUCGCUUCAGCUGCACGCCAUAGUUCCCUCACCUACACCCCCGACUUUACUGCCACCCACAUCUCAUCUCCGCAGUUUCUGUUUCUGCAGAUAAAUCGGUUCAUUAAAGUGCGUUUUUGCUGCAGACCGGGACGGGCAGUGGCCGAUUGGUCACUGCGCUGGGAGCGAGUCACUGCCCCCCGUGAAAGAGUAUCUCGGGGUCUUUGUAGGCCUUUAACCGGAUCACCGAAGCUCUUGGUUUACCGUUCAGACCCUCAGCUAUGCUUAUGAGCUUUAGUUAGUAACUCACGGGGCAGCGCCCCCCCUCAGGACAGGGCGAGGAGCUCAGAGGCCGCCGCUCCUUCACGUUGAAAGGAGUCAGUUGAGGCGGUUCGGGCCUCUGAUCAGGAGCUAUUCCAGGCUCGAUCCAGAACAUGAUCUUGGGAUUACACAUCCCAUCCGAUGGGAUCGCCUCGAGAUCCCCCAGGAGGAGCUGGAGGGGGUCCGGGCUGCCUUGCUGGACCGGACCGGACCUGGAUAAGCGUCAGAAAGUGGCUGCAUGGAUGCAUCCACUGUUCAGGCCUCAGCGUGCUCACACUGCAGCUGAUGUGGUGGUUUUGGGUGUUGGAAGUAGACCAGUUUGACCAGUCUCUGCUGUAUCCAGUUUGUCAGCAGGAUCCAGGUCUCAGUGGAGCCAGGAACUGGUGAACGAGUCAAACUUGUGUACCUCGCUGAUCUAACCCUGCUCUUCUUCCCUGUUUUGGUUCAUGUUUGUGAUUAACGCCUGAUGUUGAGUCGUGUUGUGCACACCUGAGCACGCAGGUACUGUAUCUUAAUAUUUUAAUAUUUGAGUAUAUGAGAUAUUUGCCCACGAUGGAUAAACAGCUGAGCUUCACGGUGACUGUAUAAAGUUUAAUGAUUAUUUAUUGUUUUUAUUUGUGAACACAGUUUUAUUGCUGUCUGUCUUCACUCUCUGACGCUCAAAAUGGAAAAACACACAAUUAAAGAGUUUUUGUGUUGAA